CGCAGACGUGGAAACUGGAUCACCCUGAAACUGAAGAAGUUGAUUAAAUCCAACAGCCGUGAGCAUGGACCCGAUUGCCCGCCCACCCCCACACACUUGGGGGGUGUGGAGCCGCACCUCGUCUCCCAUGACAACGGCUCCUUCAUCAGCUCAGAAGGCUCCGGAGGCUCGGCCUGCACCUCGGCAGGUGACGCCAUCUCACCCCAACGUCACAGCACCACCAAAAUGUUUCCCCGCAUGAGGAACAGACUGAAGGACAGAGACAAAGUCAAGUCCCUCUUCCGUCGUUCCAUGUCCCUGAGCAGCUUGGUGUCCCCCGCCUCGGCCCCGCUGCGGGGGGAGCGCUGGGCGGAGAGCGCAGAGCGGCUGGAGGGGUCCCAGGCCGAUGUGGACGAGGACAGGGAGAACACAUUGUCCUCAUCCCCAUCCACAUCCAUCUCCAUGUCCAUCCUCCACCUUAAUCCUCCCACCACUCCACCAUGCAGCCACGUCACCAUCACAACCUCUGACACCACCGAUACUGUUCCAGAUGUUUCUGAGCUCUGGGUGACAGACAAGGAUUCAAAUGAUAGCGCUGUGCCAUCUGGAUUUGAGGACAACGACGAGCUGCAGAAUCACGGGCUAAAUGGCGUCCAGAGUCGAGCCCAAAGUGAGAGCAGCGGUGAGUUCAGCAUGAGCAUGGAGAAUGAACCAUGGUCAAACGGCAGCAGCCCCAUCCAGCAGCCCCCGUCACGCCGCUCCUCCUCCUCCUUCCAGCCCCCCAGUGAUACCUCCACCCCCCAGCACACACUGAGGAAGCAGCACAAGGAGAAAGCCUCCACCAUGCCCAUCGCCCAUCACAAUUCGGAAACGCAGUCUACACCAAAACAAAAAAGCCACGGGCUCUCUCAGGACUUCUGGCUCACACGGGGUACAAAGAGCAUCCGGAGGGGGUCGAGGGUGAAAGUGGCGCGUCGCUCUUCAGAUACAGUCAAAGUUAACCCAGGAUGCAAUGGGGUGAAUUCAAAAUCGAGCUCCAGCCAAGUUGAAAGUACCCGAGCUUUAGCUUGUUCACCUAUCACAGUGCUGUAUGUUCAGGGCAAGUCAUCCUCAAUGUCCGGCUGCCUCAACUGCUUCUCCACCCCUCUGGGGAAAGAGGGCAGACUGAGGGGGUCGCCCACAUGUCUCCCACGAGCCAGCAGCGUCAUUUCCACAGCAGAGGGGUCAUCUCGACGCUCCAGUGUAAACAGCGACUGCAGGGCGAAGGCUGACCCGCUGUCCGUACAGGUUUCAGAGGAGAGCCAUCAGGAGGAAGAACCGGGUCAACUCGAACUAGAGACAAAAAACAGUGAGCCCAUUCCUCCAGUCAAACCUCCCAGAGACCCAACCGCUGUUGUUCCCACAGAUGACCCCAAACCCCCCGUGCAGGAGUCACUUCUGGGCUCCUCGUUCACUUUCAACUCUGUCUUCUCUAACACAAUAUUCAGCGAUUCUGUGGUUCCAACCUGUCUGGAUGCCCUGGACAACAACCAGACAUUCCUCGGUCUGAAUCCAGAUCUGGGGCAAAACUUUCCACCUGAGACAACGAAAACGCUGCAGAUCGAGCAGAGACUAAAUGUAAAAUGUGACGCUGAGCUGGAGAAGGACAAGACGCUCAUGGUUGCACGGAAGUAGCUGUCACACGAUUAAAUAUUGUGUAGGAAGGCCACUUUUAAUCUCGUCAACCGAAGCACACAAUUAUCUGUUUCCAUUGUAUUCCAUCUGAUUAUACAGCUAUGUAAGGUGUAAAAAAAAGGUGUUUUGAGUUGUGAUUUUUCUCCCACACAGCUUUAGCUCAUAUAAUACACCUGAGUAUUAGUUCAAGAUAUUCACAGCAUUAUCUUUAUCCGUUCGGUCUCUUUGCACAAAUUAUGUUUGAUAUAAGUGAAUGACGUAUGGAUAGAUUUCCCUAUUUUGCCCGUUAUUAAUUCGGUUGUUGUUCGGACUCGAGCCUGUUUUUUAUUUUUAUUUUACCAAACUGACAAUCGUGUUAUGUAUAUUUGUGUUUGCCAAAAUAUUUUGUUAAUUUCUGUUGUUUCUAUUUAUGUCCUGUUUAUGUCCUGUUACUUUAAAUGAACUGUUAAGUUAUUAUAUGAUUUCUGUGCUGUUAGACUUUAAUGUGAGCCUUGGGGAAAUGUGGCAUUCACGUGAAAAACUGUAAAUCUUGUAAAAUAGGAUGUAUACCUGAAUGCUAUUUUCCCUUAAAUAAACAAACC